AUGGCGACAUCGCAAAUGAUCUUCGUCGCGUUCCACAGCACGAUGUCGCUGACCGGCAUGAUUCUCAACGGAACCCUGAUCUAUUUGACACUUUUCCAUUCCCCAACUGCUAUCAAAAAUUAUUCGACUUUGAUUCUCAAUUUUGCUUUCAUCGACUUUUCCGCUUGCAUAGCCGAUUUUUUUGUCCAACAAAGGUUGAGUUCGGGAAUUUUGAUGAAGUUAUUUGAUUCGCUUUUUGUUAUUUCCGUCAUGAAAGGUUGUAAAUAUGCAAGAAUUUGUCCUUUUUUCAAAAAACAAGGGAAUUUAUACUAAUCUCUUUCGAAUUCAAGUUUGAAACUACACAAAAUAAUAGAAGAAAAAAGGAUAUGUUGAAGUCUUCUCCAUACAUUUUUUCCUUUUCUGGGAGGUUAAUGAAGUAAUUUUUGAAAGUAUUAGCCGAAAAGUUCAUUUUACAAGGGCGGUCAUUUUACUUUGCGGUUGCGAAUUUUCUGAAAAUUGGUCGAACACAUCUUGAUGAGUCAGAUGAAUACGCUGAAAGUCUUAACCUGCAUAACUUCCUAGUUUUUGAGAAAGGACACCUUAACGUCGAAGAAAACACUGAAUAUCCCUUAAAAUAGGCCAUUUUGAGGCUCUGAGCGCUCAUUUCUCGAAAACUAAGAAGUUGUGCAGGUUGAGGCUUGCAGAUUUUUCUUCUGGUACAUCAAGAAGUUCUGGCCGAUUUUCAGGGAGUUCCCAACCGCAAGUAAGAUGACCUCUCUUGUUGGGCACGAUUUUGGCCAGUUCGAAAGAAGCUUGAUGUUUUCGUCCCUGAACUCCUAUUUUCAGGUUGAUACCGUCCGGAUGGUCUCUUAUAUACAUGUCGAGUGGACGUUGUCGGUUUUUCGGCCCAAAAGCUUGCUAUAUUGGGUUAGGAUUCACUAUGAAUUUGAAAUAUUGGAAGUAAUACAUAUAAAAAUGUAUAAAAGCAAAAAAGAUAUCAUACUUUCCGCGAAAAAAAAAAAGUCUUGAUCCAAUUUUCCUUGCCGUUGCAGGUACAGCGUCAUGUUGCACUUCUUCGCCCACUCUCUCUGGUGUCUGCUGAUUUCAUUUUCCUACCGCUAUUAUGUUCUGACGAGACCGGCCCCAUCGACCAGGUCUCUCAUGACUUUGCUAUUCAUCGUUUAUAUACCGUCUUUCGUUCAAAUGGUGAGAAAGCUCGAAAAUUUAAGGAAAAAGUGUUUUCGAACUGAGAAAGUGCAAAAGCUAGCUAGCCAAAAGGCGUGUGAACUCGAGCUCUAUGGACUGGAGUUGAUUCAUUCAGGGAUACUUAUGAAGAAUUAAUAUUUCAUACUUGUGUUAAGCUUUUGAUAAAAAUAUAUUUCCUUUUUGGGGUUUUCACGGGACAAUAAAAUCCAAAAUGAGCUCAAGUUCGAAUUAUUUCUUCUCAGACCUUGGUAACGCCGGCCGCAAGUCAAACGUGCAUUUCCAGUGACUACUUAAGUAGCGUCAGCACUUUUAAGUGAUCCCUAUAAUCGAUCAGUAACGUCCGAAGCGCGUCCGGUUUCCGUUACCGCUCUGAGUUGCCCACUUUUUUCAAAAUUAAUUUUCUCAAUGGAGCGCAAUGGUCUCAAAAUAGUUUUUAUUUCCGCAUUUUAAUCCCGAUUUCAAAUUAACUCUCCAGGUAACCUUCAUAUUCGCACAAGAUCCUUCGGAAGAACUCGUCAAGAUUCUGAAAGAGAGAUUUCCAACUUACGAGAUAGAAGGGACGAUGGUCACAGGAACCCUGGACCUCAGCUCCUUCUUCUGCUUAUUCACUCUAUUUCACAUGACUUUGCCUGUCACUCCGAUUUACAUCACUAUUUUGGUCCUUCGUCGGAAAAUCAUCAAUAAGCUGGAAUUGAACGCCGAGUACAUGCAGAAGGACACCAAAGUCUUGCAUCGACAGCUUCUAACAGUUCGUUUUAUUCAUUCAUUUGUAGAUUCUGAUUCGAGAAGAGGAUUUCUACCUAAAAGUAGAUCUAGAUCAUCUGAAUAAUCCGAACCGCCCGGAUUUCGAUGAAAAACGAGUGAAAAAUAUUGAUCAUCAAAAAUCUAUCUCCCAUUUUUCGCAAUAAAAUGUUUUCAAGGAGUCGAGUUUGAAAUUGUUUUUGUUAAAAAAUGACGUCAAUCUUGCAAUGAACGCAAAUAUUUGGAAAACUGUAAAAAGCAAGAGGAAAAAAUCUAGAAACCCGCAACUUUGAUAAGAAGUACAAUGAAAAGCCGGAUCACUAGCCAAAUAGAAUUCGCUGAAAAAGGUAACAGAAAAAAGCAAAAAAUUAUUUUUUUCUGGUUUCAGUUAUCUGGGGAAAAGGAGAAUACUCCCAAAAUUGUUAAUGAGCUUUAAAUAGAAUCAGUUAGUGAGUCUUUGACGUUCUGACUCGGAGAUAAAAAGAAUGAAAUAAAAGUUUCACGUUCAAAAUUAUUGUUUCAAAUUAAUGUAGGAAGCUUUCUAUGAUCUGUUCGAAAAUCUUCGUCUUUCAAUUUUUGUAGUACCAGAAACAUCCUGAGCCUCAAAACCUUCCAGAAAUUCAUCUUUGCUCCUUUAAACACACCAGAACGUUCUCGCUUAAUUUGUCAAACUUUAUAUGAAAAUAUAAGAACUUUCGCUCACCGAUAUCUUCAAGAAGCAGAUUUUCCUGAUCCACUUUUCAGGCACUGACCUACCAAGCCGUCAUUCCGAGCUUCUUCCUUCUGACGGUACUGACCUACGCAUUCGGACACAUUACCGGCUACCACAGUCCCUGGCUCGAAUACGCUACCUUCUCUCUAAUCCUCUUCAUCCCAGUGCUCUCUCCCAUAUCUUCUCUCGUCUUUGUCAGAUCCUACCGUCAUCGAAUCCUUCAUUCUUUCGGAUUCCAUUCAAGUCAGCUCAGAUCAACUAAAGUGUCCACACCCAAUCAUUUUUCGCAACGCGAGGAAGCUGCUGUUGCCAAUUGAUAUUAUCUUCCUGAUCAAAUUUCUUCCUAUUCUGAAAUGUUAUAGUUGCACGUGAAAUGACUCCAUGUUGUUUCUUCCAAAAGUGCCCGACCUGAAACUACUUGCGCCUUUUGAGUUGUUAGAGCCAGCUUUCGAUUGUAUCCCCCUGUUCAAAAAUAACUCUUCAAAUGUUUCACUUUUUUCAACGAUACGAGUUUUCCCCGACUUUCAAAUUCACAGUUGUUCAUUAUUGUAUAUGAAGAAUAAUCAAUAUAUAAAUACAUAAAAAAAAAACUUUCUUCAUACUAGUGAAAAUCGAACGGCCGGAUUCAAACUGGCAUGAAUUUUCAAGGAAACUUAAAAAAUGGCAGUCGAUCCUCGCUUCAAACUUCCAAUUUUGCGCUAUUCCAUGGGCUUUGGUAGCAAAAAACGAAGUAAAAAAGGAUUAGAAGGGAUCCCUCUUCAAUUUAAACCCGCUGCCCUCUAGUCAUACUCUUUUUCUUAAUUCUUCGAUAGACCAAGAUAGACCACAGACCGAAAAUUCUAAUCAUUUCAUCUCCUAAUUCAUUCCUAGACAAACGAUUAUAUGAAAUAAUUUUAAAUUUUUUUGAAAAUAGUAGAUCCCAUGUGUAAAGCUUUUUGUUGCGGCUUCUACUUCUAGGUUCUCAGAUGACGUUUAUCAGACUUUUUCUUUCCCUCGUUUUUUUUUUGUUUCAAAAGGUAGUGACUAGAUCCUCGACUUCCUUCUCGAUUUAUCUUGCCAAAAUGAUAAAAUCCUGGUCUUUUCGUUUGUUUUUUUAGGUUUUUUUCAUUCUAAUUUCUUAUUCAAUGAAUAUUUAAAUAUAAUCCGGGAAUUUCGGCUCUUUUUCGAAAUAUUUAAUUGGAUCUGAAGGGAUGCACGUUAGUGAAAAAAAGGAUCCAGUUUUUGUCUAUGGAAACGGUUGUUUUGAAAACCACCCAAAAAGCGCCAAAUCUAUUAAUAAAAAUGUUUAGUGGUUCAGAAAACAAUCUAAUUUUCGGAUAAAGUGGCUUUUCUAACGUCACCUAGGUCUACCACAGCCAAACUAAUGAUAUAACAGAGAUCAGCAGAAAAUUCUCCUAUUUUUUUCCGCUGUUUUCGAAGAACGGCUUUUACCUAAACUCUUUGUCCGUUUUUGCAAGUUUUCAUCUUCCCAAAGGCUUGCAGAAAAGAAAGGCAUUGUGACAUCUCUUAAAAAUGGGCCUUUAUCCUCAGAUUCCUGUCAUCGUCGUUUCAAAGAAAAGAUCAAAUGAUAAUGUAUAAAACCUUUGAUGUCCCUGUACUUCUAUCAUUUUCAGAUGGUCUCCGUUUUGCAGAUUAUUUUCAUAUUUUUCCACACGACAGUUGCAUUGUCGGGAUGUUUCCUGAAUGCUCUUCUGUUCUAUCUUGCCUUUUUCCAUUCUCCGAGUUCGAUGAAGUCCUACGCGACGCUCAUCAUGAACUUCGCCGUCACUGAUUUUUUAGCCUGCUUGACCGACGCGUUCACAGAACAACGGUGACUUUUAAAAGAAAGUUUCGAAAUAAUGAGAAGAAAAGAACUUGUUUUUCCCGAGAUUUUCAAAGUUAUGCUUUCAAAACUGUGGCUUAUGGCUAGAAAAAUUUUUGAGUUCAGAUAAUAAAAAUGUUUUAAAAUAAUUCAAGAUUAUGACUCUUCAAAAGAUCAUGAAACAACUUUAAUUUUUUUCGCUCUUUUUUCUAAACUUUCUAAAAUAUAACUUGAAUUGCCGGGACGUUAUCAGAAUGUCUUGAGAAAUUUUUUAAAUCCUCUGAAAAAUUUCAAAGUUUCAGAAAUGUUUUUGUGCGAUUAUAAAACCCAUCUAAUCGGCAAAUAUUGACAAUUCGAAAAGUUUCAGUCUAAUCCCAGCCGACUGGGCCCUUCUCUACUUUUCAAACGGCGUUUGUGGCUUUUUCGGCCCCCGGGCAUGCUAUAUUGGGUAGCGAUCCUUAUCAGUGAUAAAUGAAAGCUGAAGUAUUCUGUUUGCAGGUACAGCUUGAUGCUGCAUUUCUUCAGCCAUUCCCUUUGGUCUCUACUCGUGUCUUUUGUCUAUCGACUGUACAUUCUGCACAAACGACCUCCGCACACAAGAACUCUUCUUCUGAUAAUGCUCCUGGUCUACACCCCAUCUCUAUUCCAAUGCGUAGGUGUUGAUGAUCCGGACUGACCGUAUGAACUAGACAACAGAUAACUUUUAUGGGCGCUCAAGACCCACAAAAGGAGGUGGAAGCGGCUUUAUUCCGGAAAUUCCCGUGGUACGAACUAAACGGCGCGACAUUGACCGGAACUGUGGAUAUCCGAUCUUUCUCGGCUCUGUUCACAAUACUCCACAUGACUGUGCCCAUCACUCCCGUUUAUAUCAGCAUUCUGGUGAUUCGAAGGAAAAUCAUCAAGAAGCUGUCGAACGCCACCGCAAAGAUGGGCAACAAAACGAAAGCCAUGCACAAGCAGCUACUGACGGUACGUUUUAUAUCCUUGAAAAACUGGUCCAUUUUUUUCCUAGGCUCUGACGUACCAGGCCGCAAUCCCUAGCUUCUUCUGGUUCGCCGUUUUCAGCUAUUCCAUCGGCCAGUUCGGAAUCUACAACCACGAGGCCCUCGAAUACGUCGUUUUCUGCAGUGUUGUGAUGAUUCCAGUGCUCAGCCCCUUGGCCACCCUCGUCUUCGUCCGGCCUUACCGAGAGAAAAUCAAGCAAUUCUUUUCUAAUCGACUCACGAAAAACGCCGACACUUCCCCUACUUCCAUUGCUUUCAGUAGCGGAUCCAAAAUGCCUAUCACUACGUAG